UCUUCUGGUCCACCGCUCAUCAGCGUGCGUAAGCAGCUCCAAAGCUAACGUCUGAGAGCGCCGAUGACGAUCGAGCUCCUACCCUCCAUCCGUCUCAUCUGCAUCCCACUCACAUCUCGAGCUUUUCUUCUUCCUCCCCCUCCCUCCUCUCUCCGUCUCCUGUCAAAUUUCGUGAGGAACCCUCGAGGCGCGAGAAUCCUCCUUACUCCAUGGAAGCUGGGUCCGCUCGAACCACCUCGGAGGAGGGUCUCAGUGAGCUGCUCCUCCUCCUCCUCCUCCUCCUCGGCCGAGCACCGAGACGGCGGAGGAAUGGCCUGGUGGGCUUCUUGGAUUCCUCGCGGAGGCAGCGGCAGCUUUGUCGCCCCCGAGAGGAUUCUGAGGCUCAUCUCGGGCGCCACUUCGAGCCCCAUCUGUCAGUUCGUUGACUCACCUCGCACCUUCCUCCACUUUGUCGACCCACGGAUCAAAUUGGUCUGGCUGCUGGCUCUUGUUGUCUUACCAGCUAGGUCACACAUUUUCAUGCGGUUUGGUUUAGUCUUAUACCUCUCUCUGUUGUCAGUAUGGAUUCUUCCAACUCAUAUUUGGACAGAUCAAUUAGGCAGGGUUGCUCUGCUUUCUGGGAUCUUAUUCAUCAUGCUGGGAUUUGGUUCUGAUGGUGUACCUCCACUUGUCCAGUUGAGAACGCCGCCCUCAUCGAUUACAGGAUUGCCAAAUCUUCCUUCAUCCUUGGGAGGUUACUCUUACACAAUCAUGAAGCUAGGACCAUUGCAGUUUACAAGGAAAGGCUUGUCUGUGGCUAGUACUUCAGCCUGCCUAUCGUUCACUAUCUUCCAAAGUGCGAGUCUAUGCUUGACAACAACAACGCCCGAGCAGCUUGCUUCUGCAUUAUGGUGGUUUAUGGUUCCUUUGAGGCAUAUUGGUGUUCCAGUGGCUGAGAUAAUACUUACUUUGCUACUUUCUUUGAGGUUCAUCAAUUUAGUGUUUGAUGAGGUUAGAAAUACAGCGCUGGGAAUUGUAGCACGUCGGAUACACUGGCAUCAAUUGACAACUAUAGAAACAUUAGAUGUUUUCUUUUUGUAUGUUCGACGCAUAUUCAAAAAUAUCUUUGAUCACGCGGUGCAAAUUUCCAAGGCGAUGAUUGCUAGAGGUUUCCGUGGUGACAGCAACACUCACAAAAUUUACUUCUUUUCCAAGUCUUCACUUGGUUUUACAGACUUCCUUUCCCUGGUGUGCCUUUUCGCUCUGAUAGGUGCUGCUGUCCUAUCAGAAAGACUCAUAUAAUUCUAACCAGCAAGGGUAUGUUCAUUCUGCAGGUUGGCUUGAUGCUGGUGCACAUUCACCAUCAGUAUGGAAAACAUUCAGCUAUUGCACAUAGGAACUCCACUUUAGGCCUCGUUUGGUAUCACUGCCCUUUUUUUUGUUUUCCAAAUGCAAUUUCUGUGUGAUAGGAUGCUUUGGUGGACGAAUUUCUCCCUUUUCGUCUUUGUUGGUAAGCUUGCUACGCACCGCAACAUUGGUUGUGUUCGUAAUGGCAUCUUCUUUUUCAAUGCCAAAAUAAAAGAGUGAAAAACAAAGGUUACUGCUGAAUUUUAUUUUUGUUACCAAACAAAGACCGCUAGUUAUAUAGAUUGAGUACAUUAGAAACUUGUAUUUGAAAAAGAAAAUCCUCCCUCCCUUUUUAAAAUAAAGCCCUUCUCGCCAUUGCAUGGAAUUUGUAUUUCCAAAAAGAAACUAAACAAUGGUGAGGAAACCAAACGAGGUCUUGGUUUUGCAUGCCUAACCUUCUGAAGAGAGUAAGUUGAAGUCGAACAUAUGGUGCAUCAGGAGACCAUUCGAUCAACUCUUUCCACAGAAGCAAUCAAAUAUUUUCUCUGCUUUGUCUUAAUGAAUUGUCAUGUCCUUAGCAGGUGACGGCUGAGUAUAUUAGCCGCCGCCUAACGUGCCUGAUAUUUUUCAAGAUUCCGCAUUGUAAAUUAUGAGUUCAGUUUGUUCAUAUUCCGCAGAGUAUCUUCUUCUUCAAGCAAAGAAAGGGUGGAGCGCCAAGGCAUUCAGUGACGGAACACAUUUGUGUGCAAAGAAAGGGUCUUGAUGCUGGCUCGUCUGGGUCUGCAACUCCUAAUUUUUUUUAGGUAAUGAAAGCAAGGGAGAGAUCACCUAAGUACGAAGUAGUAAAUUAUUAUUUACUAUUUGUUGAAGUUGGGGUUUAUGUAUCAUUGGCUUCUUUAUAAUAUCGUAGUUUUUGUGAUGUAUUAUUUUCCGAAAUGUGGCUUAUGAUGAGUGUUCGUUUUGUGUUGA